AGGAAUGGAAGGAGAGGGCAGUCGACCAGUCGACGAAGAACGAUUCAGACACGAUCGACGACGAAGACCCACGAGCUACGAUCGUUAAAUCGUCCGUAAAUCACUGAUCUCGAUCGUUGUUUCUCGACACGGCGGAAAAUGUUUCCCAGAAAACGCGUUGUAGAGCUGUUACAAGUUAUUUCUUCUCAAUCAUGUAAAUGUCCAGCUCAUGGAAAUCUAGAAGGCACAACAAGGCACGAGCUGGGAAAAGCUCGCAGCACAGCCGCAAAUGCCACGCCAUCGAAAGAGUAUGCUUUCGAGAUGGCCUGUUCCACAGUACGGUACGGUGUCGAUGUUACCAGGGAGCUGGGCCUCGACGUGCAGAAUAUGGGCACGAAGAAAGCGUGCUUGAUGACGGACCCAAAUUUAGUGAAUCUGCCACCUGUGAAAACAGCCAUUGAUAGUCUUACAAAAUCUGGCAUCGAGUUUGAGGUUUACGACAGAGUACGCGUGGAACCAACGGAACAGAGUCUCCAAGACUCCAUCGAGUACGCAAUACGUGGAAAAUUCGACGCGUUUAUAGCGGUCGGCGGUGGUUCGGUGAUGGACACUUGCAAGGCAGCAAACCUUUACAGCUGCGAUCCGCAAGCAGAUUUUUUGGAUUACGUGAACGCUCCCAUUGGGAAAGGCAAACCAGUCGUAGUGCCAUUGAAACCAUUAAUCGCAGUACCAACUACGUCUGGGACUGGUUCGGAGACCACUGGUGUUUCGAUCUUCGAUUAUCGACCGCUCAAAGCCAAAACUGGAAUUGCCAAUAGGGCUCUGAGGCCCACUUUGGGUCUCAUCGAUCCAAGGCACACGCUGACCAUGCCAGAAAGGGUUUGCGCUUAUUCUGGCUUCGAUGUCCUCUGCCAUGCCUUGGAAUCUUUCACCGCUAUUCCGUACACGGAAAGGACACCCUGUCCUACGAAUCCAAUUCUCAGACCAGCUUACCAGGGCAGUAAUCCUAUCAGCGACGUCUGGGCAAGAUACGCUCUGCAAACGAUGCGAAAAUACUUUCAAAGAGCAGUCUACAACCCAGAUGACCUCGAGGCCAGAAGCAAUAUGCACCUAGCAAGUACUAUGGCGGGCGUUGGAUUCGGUAACGCCGGUGUUCACCUUUGCCACGGACUCUCUUAUCCCAUUAGUGGAAACGUCCGAAAUUUCCAACCUGAGGGUUACAGUAACGAUCAUCCCAUAGUGCCACACGGCCUUUCCGUUGUUAUAUCGGCACCCGCUGUGUUCUCCUUCACUGGAAACGCAUGCCCCGAAAAGCAUCUGGAAGCUGCGGAAUUACUCGGUGCUGACGUCAAACGAGCAAAGAGAGAGGACGCUGGAAAGAUACUUUCCGACACAGUGAAGGAAUACAUGCGCCUGAUGAAAGUCGAAAAUGGUUUGACCCAAUUGGGAUUCAAGAAGGAAGACAUUCCGACUCUGGUCCAGGGUACAUUGCCACAGCAUCGUAUCACGAAAUUGGCGCCAAGAGAGCAAUCCGAGGAAGAUCUCUCGCAAUUGUUUGAAAAUUCGUUCACAAUCUAUUAAGAAGACGAUAUCGUUCGUUGCUGUAAUUAUCGAAUAAAAAUCUAUUUUUUUUACCGAA